AUGGCAGAAUCAUCCAAUUUCCUUGCAAUAAAGAGGUACGCAGUUGUGACAGGAGCAAACAGGGGGAUGGGAUUAGAAAUAUGCAGGCAGCUGGCUUCCCAUGGGGUCACGGUUGUCCUAAGUGCAAGAGAUGAGGAGAAGGGUGUUGCAGCCUUGAGAAGCUCAAAGGUGAAUAAUGCAGCAAUUACUGGAUAUAUAUUGGAUGAGUCUGUAAGAGCAUCUUUCCUCAGUGGGGAAAAGCCGUUAGAAGUUACCCAUCUGUGUGCUAAGUCCUUCUCUAGCAAGGAACAAAAAAUGGAGUGGAGUGAAGCACAGUCUCUAAUGAUCCAGACAGACAGCUUGGCUGAAGAGUGCUUACAAAUAAACUACCACGGAGCAAAAAGAAUGGUCGAAGCACUUGUCCCAUUCCUCCACUUAUCCGAUUCAGCAAGGAUCGUUAACGUGUCAUCCAUUUUGGGGAAAUUAAAGUUUGUACGGAAUGAAUGGGCCCAAGGAGUGCUCCUCGACGAUGAAAGCCUCACCGAGGAAAGGGUGGAGGAAGUGCUGAAGGAGUUUAUGAAGGACUUCAAGGAGGGUGAAUUAGUAGCCAAAAACUGGCCUUCUAAACAUUCUGCUUAUGUCCUGGGCAAAGCAGCCCUCAAUGCCUACACCAAGAUACUAGCCAAGAGGUACCCCAGGUUCAUAGUGAACUCUCUUUGUCCUGGCUAUGUCAAAACAGAUAUGAACUGCAGAACCGGCAUCCUUACCGUUGAGGAAGGUGCUGAAAAUGCUGUGCGGCUGGCCCUCUUGCCCAACAAUGGCCCUUCCGGCUUCUUUUUCCUGCAAAAUGAAGUGUCAUCCCUGUGA